CAUGAUUUUGGCUGCUGUCCUCUCAGUGACAUUAUCAGUAUGCUGUAAAAUACCAAUCAAAUAAAUGCAUAAAUAUUUCAUCCACCUGUAGUUUGACCGUUAUCAGAACAGUUCUGGUUAGUGUUGAACAUAUGUAUUGGGGCUUUCUCUGUGUUUGUUUUUUAGGCCAACUGGCUGUUUGCAAAGACCCUUGCUUUGCUAGGUGCACUGGACCAAGCACUGACCUGCUAUUGUUCCAGCAGUAUGUUGCAUGGAGUGACCCAGGGGCAGAGGGUGGACUGUCUGGUGGAGAUCGCACAGCUAGCAACUAAGGUGAAAGAUAAUAACAUGGUGGAGAGAAUCCAAGCCUCUGCUGGUGAGUGGAAGAAAGUUCUUAAAAGACUGUCACUCCACAACAAAUGGGAAUCCGUACGUAUGCUGAUGGGGCUGUCAGCUGUAUCCUAUAGCACUUUGAAUGGCGUAGCGAAGGGCUGCAAAGCAGAUGGUAUCAAUGUGGGUGCGCUUCUCAACUCGCUGAGCGAACAAGCAUUGAACAGCUGGGGAGAGAAACUUGCGGUGGUUCUACUGAAGGAAGGUGCUGACUUGAAAACGGUGUGGAUGAAGAAGGACGACCUGCCCCUUUUGGCCGCACUCACAGUGGGAUUAAGAUGUGGGUCAUUUCAACUGCUCAAAUACCUUUUGGAAAGAUUACAUGCGGAUUUCGAGGCGAAGAACGGAGUGGACGGUAAUGGGGACUCGGCAUACCACAUAGUGGUGAAGUCCGGGAAGGCCAAUACAACAGUUGGAGAGACAGCCGUAAGACUUCUUCUGAACAACGGCUGUCGCUGUGACAUCCGGGACAAGGCCGGCAAGCUACCGGUGGAAUACCUUAAUCCCACAGACCAAGUGUACAGUUUGCUACAGCGGAAAUGCUUCCAACCCAGGGGACACUACCCACAUUUGCCCGACCCUGGUGAUCUCCGUGGGAGGUUGGAAGAGCUAAGGGAAAUUGGCAAGACUUGUAUGAAAAACCGAGCGUACGCAAAUGCCUUAAGCAAGUAUUCAGAGGGAAUCAAACUGGCUGGUAACAGUGGGGAUUUGAAACAGGAUGUAGCCAUCUUGUACAGUAACCGCUCUGCUGUUUACACUAAGCUGGGUAACCUCAAAGCGGCCCUGAAAGAUGCCGAGACUUGUAUUCUCAAUAACCCGUUCUGGCCCAAGGGCUACUGGAGAAAAGGCCGAGUGCUGAAAUCCCAGGGACGAUACAAAGAUGCCUUCUUGACAUACCUUGAAGGAUUUGAAUGUGACAAACAUCCGGAGGGGUCUGAAUUGUGUCUUGUUGAAGCUGUGACUGUGAUGAGUCUGAUCAAGGAUUACAAACCAUUUCUGGAGAUGCUUGGAAGAGUGGCAAAACCCAUCAUCUCGUCUGUGAUAAAACGGCUUGCUAAGCAGGCUGAUUGGUGGGUUCUGUCAUUGUUGAUAGUGGGUGGAGCUAAAUCUUUAACCAAGGCAGCCCAAGGAGGGACAGCUGAAGAAGUGAACCUCCAUGAAUUGGUGAGCCUUGUGGAAUCCAAACCGUCCUCUGUAUGCUGGCCGUUUAACCUGCUGUUGUCUCUGAUGUUCAUGGGAGCAUCACCAGACACCAUGGUGUCGCAGAAAGGUGAUACGACAUACCACGCCGCUCUCCGACUGGCAUUGCAUAUGGAGGAUUUGACUAUUUUGGAAAUUGUCGUGAAAACUCGUAAGCGUCAGGAAGUGGCAAAGUGUGUUGUUAACGGCAACAAAGAAAAUCUUCUUCAUGCCUUGGCCAAAUCUCCAAAGAAGAAUUACCAGAUCGGCCAAUCAGCAGCUGACCUACUUAUCCGUCUAGGCGUUGACCGUCACCAGAGAGACGAGCAGGGCAAAACACCAACAGAUUACCUCCCCGCAGACUCCAAACUUGCCCCGAUGUUUGGGAAAACAACCGCAGUAAAGAAUGACACAACGCAGAAGGAGCCAUCACAGAAAGCCAAGAAGAAACCCCCAGUUAGAUCUAGGCCAGCUGAUCCUUGUGAUCGUUGUGUCUCUCACUUAACAGCAUGCCGCAGUCUCCAUCAGAAAGGUGACAGUGUGGCCGCCAUAGAGAGCGCAUGCAAGGUCGUUUGUGAGAAAUGGCACUCUUCAGAUCGUCACAAGAAGCUGAGAGGAGAAAGCGUGGAAGAAAUUUUGACUAUCCUGGAUCACUCGUUUAGACCAGAGAUCCCAGUCUGUAUGCUUGACCUGCCCCAGGAAACAUACAGGGGGCUGAUAAAGCAGCUGGCUAUACGAAACCGCUGGCUGGUGGUGGAGAGACUUGUGAGUAAGUGGAGAGACAAGCAACCUGGUAACAAGGACAUGGCUGUUGGACUGUGUGUGGGUGACGUGAUUCGCUGUGACCAGCUGCAGAGCAAUGCCCUCUACAGGACUGAGGUAAUCCGUAUCCUGCUGGAUAAUGGAGCAUUUCUGCCAGCCACCCCCGAGAUCACUGAUGAGCCAAUUAGCAUCGCCCUGGAGAGGAAAUAUUUCCGAAUCAUCCCGGUUCUUCUUCAGCACGGUGCUCAACCCAAGCGUGUACGCUUGACACAUGGAGAUACCCCUCUUCAUGCAGCACUUAAGGUGGCCUUAGAGUUGGAUAAAGGUAAUUUUGACUUGUUGGAAAGACUGCUAGAGAUGUACGACCAGGAUCAAGAAAAGUAUCCCUACCUUGACCCCCGCUCUUUGGACAAAACCGGUAGCUCGCUGUACCACAUGGCAGCAAAAUGUCGCUACAGCUGUCACGCACAACGUGCCGUGGAGUUACUGUGUGCACGACGAUUACCCGCAGGAGGAAAGGACAGCUCUGGGCGGGUUCCUCUGGACUACAUCAGCAAGCAGAAUGACCGCAGGAGAGAGUACCUGAGGAUGGCUGCAGGCUACAGUCUGCCCUCAAAGAAAGCUACGUCCACACCCAUGCCAUCCAGUUCUUCAGAGCAAUCAAUGGAUCCUUCAGGAGAACCCUUUUGUCCAUCGCCGACCGCUGAGAAGGGCAAGGAAAUGCCAGAGAAUUCUGCACAGAUCAAGCUGCGGAAGUCAAAGAAAAGCGAGAAGGAGCGAUGCAAGGCGGCGUUGAAAAAGUGGAUCGGAGAACUCAGUGACUUUGUCUUUCAAGAAGAAGACGAUGAUUCCUUUAAAGAUAAGGUAGCAGAGAGAACUGGAUUGGGCAAAGGUGGUGAUGAAACAGAAACAAAGAGAGCAUUGUCCUCUGUAACUCCCGAUGAGAGUGGUGAUGGAUUACAUAUUGUAGAAGACAUUGAACAAGGUUUGGAGGAUUUGGAUGGAGAGGAUGUCGUUCAACAGGACGAUGCCAGUGACGAAAUAAAUGCCGACAUCUUUGACGACUUGGAUUGGGAAGUGGAAUGCACUGCAGAUGUGUGGAAAUUCCUGAAAAAUAAGCGCAUGCCGAUGUUUAUGAAGCAGCGAGCCAUCAAGCGGAUUCAGAAGCUGGCACGAGGUGAGUGGACUGAUUCUCUGACAAAAAUUGUCCACAACGUGCCGGACACACUAAAUCUGUUUGAGGCCAAGAUUUCCAAAGGUGCGCGGAUUCUCUGGGAGCGAGCCAUCGCAUUUUCACCGAAACUUUCUGAAAAGAAUUCCACGCAAGCAGACAUACCUGUGGAAGAACAAGCACAAAUUUACACGGAGGUGAUUCGCGUGUGGGACAUUGUGGUCUUGCACGACAACCUGUACCAUCGCAUUCAGCAAAUCGCACGAUCCCAUGCCCGCGGCAGGGACAGCAUUUUGCUCCAGAAACUUGUCCGCAUCUCUACUCAACAGACAACUGUCCGCGACAACAUCAAUUACUGUAUGCCAGAACUUUUCAUGUUGUCAGAAAAGAACACUGAACAAGCUUUAACCUUCUACCCGCCAGCCAGUCCGAGUGAACGUGAGUACCACAUCGUGAAGUUCUACUCUUUCUCAGCUGCUUUGGUCAACCAUAUUCUUCAUCAGACCGACACCAAGGUUGACUUUCCGUUCAAGGUCACAGACAUGGAGCAUGCCAUCAUCAGUCUGCAGUUGGGAGCCCCAGUGCUACUCUUGGGACGCAGCGGUACUGGAAAAACAACUUGUUGUCUCUACCGCCUGUGGCACGCUUACCUAAGGUACUGGACACAGGCCAGCCAGACAGGUGACCCACUGCUUCCACGCAGUGCCCACUUCACCAGGUGCAAGACUCCAGUCACAGAUGGCGAGGAGAGUAGUGAGGAGGAAGAGAGUGAUGACGAAGACUUGGAGGAGGAAGAGGAUGACACCAGUGAGUGCGAGAAAGAGGAAGGCCCAGAGAGGGAGGAUGAGGAGGCUCCCGAGGGGGAGGUCCAUAUUCUGGACCACCUCCAGCAAGUGUUUGUGACAAAGAAUGGAGUCCUCUGUAAUGAGGUCAUGAAGAAUUUCCAAGACCUCAAUCACGCGUGCAGUCUGACAAACAAGCGUGCCGAAGGAGAAGAUAGAGCCUUGCCCAACAGGCUACAGGACAUCCCAAACCAUAACUACCCAUUGUUCCUCACCUCACAGCAACUCUUGCUCUUAUUGGACGCAUCGUUGCCAAGCAACCCGUUUUUUGAGAGGGAGGAGGAUGGGAGCUUGAAGAGGGACAUUCGAGGGUGGACCGACGCAGACAGCCCGUUAGCGGUCCUCUCCGAUCUUGACUCGGACUCUGAAGGGGAGGAGGAUGAAGUGGUGGGAGGAGCAGUGGGCAGUCCUAAUGCACACUCCACCCAGCAUCUGGAUCCCCGCCAGGAAGUGACCUAUCAAGUGUUUGCUGAGGAACUGUGGCCAAAGAUAAAGAUAAAAGGGUACCACCCCUCGCUGAUCUGGACCGAGAUCAACUCCUUCCUGAAAGGAUCCUUCGAGGCUCUGCGUUCAUCGUCCGGAAAGUUGACAUUGGAAGAAUACCAGGAACUGGGACGGAAGCGAGCCACGAAUUUCACAGGUGAAAGGGCGAAGGUGUAUACGGUGUUCAAACGGUACGAGGUGCUAAAGAGGCAGCGUGGUUUGUUCGAUGAAUGCGACUUCCUAUUGAAUAUUUAUCGGCGCCUGUGUAAAACGGAGAAGCAGAACUGGGUUUUUCACCAAGUGUAUGUGGAUGAAACUCAAGAUUUCACUCAGGCCGAGCUCUGUCUGCUGAUAGGCUUGUGUCAGAACCCCAACGAGAUGUUCUUCACAGGCGACACAGCACAGGGCAUUAUGUGCGGCAUAUCCUUCCGUUUCAGUGACCUCAAGUCGCUGUUCUUUUACGCAAGCCGAUCGCUGAGAGCCAUGGGCAAACACCAGGCUGUAAAAGUACCAGAGAAGGUGUACCAACUGACUCACAACUAUCGCUCUCACGCCGGGAUCCUCACGCUUGCCAGUAGUGUCGUCGACCUCAUGGUGGAAUUCUUCCCCGAAACCUUUGACCAAUUGGGCAGGGAUCAGGGUCUGUUCUCUGGACCUCUUCCUGUCCUGUUGGAAUCCUGCAGUUUCUGUGAUCUUGCAGUUCUGCUCAGAGGGAACCGCCGGCAGACCUCAGAAAUUGAGUUUGGGGCCCACCAGGCCAUCCUUGUCGUGAACGACGCUGCGAGAGAGGCUCUUCCAGAAGAACUGCGACUUGGGGUUGUGCUGACCAUCUUUGAGGCCAAAGGUCUGGAGUUCGACGACAUCCUCCUUUACAACUUCUUCAAAGAUUCCCAGGCCAAGAAGGAGUGGCGUGUAGUGACAGAAUUUCUUCAUCGUCUGUCAGGAGAUGAGACAGAGAAUCCGUCCCGGACUGCAAGUAGUCAUGGUGUGAUGGAGAUAGACACAGAACUGAUGAGUGCCUCGUCCAGCCGACCUUUAUCCUUCAACCCUGACCAGCACAAGGUGUUGUGCUCAGAACUCAAGCACCUGUACACGGCACUGACCAGAGCCAGGGUCAACGUCUGGAUAUUUGACGAAGACGCGGAAAACCGUGCUCCCAUGUUUGACUACUUCAAGGCCAGACGUUUAGUCCGUGCCAUUUCUGCUCGUGAGAACCAAUCCGAAGGUCUGACAGACGAAAUGUUUGCCGAAAGCUCGAGCUCUGCAGAUUGGCUGAAGCGUGGGGAUGACUUCAUGAAACACCGUCUGUAUGAAGUGGCCGCCAAAUGCUACAGGAAAGCCAACGUGGAAGACAAGGAGAAUAUUGCUUUGGCCCAUGCAGCUGCACUCAAAGCGACGCGCCUUCAGGAGAACCCUGCGCGGAUGAGAGAGGAGUUUCUGUAUGCCGCAGAGCAGUAUCUGAUCAAGUGCGACAUGAAGGCAGAGGCGGCGCGGUGUCUGAAGAACGCUAAGGAACGCGAAUUGGCAGCACGUCUGUACGACAAAAUGGGAGAGAUGGAGAAGGCAGGAGGAUUGUACAAGAUGUGCAAUCUCAACUACGAGGCGAGUCGGUGUUACGAGCAGCAGGGAUUGUACCGACAAGCCAUCAGCACACUCUGCGAGAUGAACAGCUACGACAUGGCCAUCGAUGUUCUCAACAGAUACAACAUGAGGCUGAAGGACUACAACUCUAAGGGAAAACCCUUACCUAAGGCUUUGGCGGAAAAUCGCCCAGAACAGACCAUGGAUCGCCUGACGUACAAGGCCGCUGAGUUUCACCGGAAAAAAGGAGACGAGCAAAGAAUGUUGAGGUCUUUAGAGCGUCUGCGAUCACCGGAAGAUCGCAUCAACUUCCUAAUGAAGCACGGGAGACCUCUGCUGGCAGUUAAUGUACUUAAGGAACUGGGCCUUUACUCACGAGCGGCCUCUAUUCUUUUCGAAGAGGGCCAGUACGAUGAAGCAAUGAAGUUCGCUGAAAUGGCCAAAGAUGACGGAGUCGUAAAUCAGUGUCUUCUGGCUUCUUGUCGCAAGAAGAUCGUGGAUAAAGACUUGACCAGCACUCUCCCAGGCGACAAUCAAAUAAAGGAGAAGGAAAGCGUUGUCAUGAACUUGAAGCAGUUGAUCACAUACUUCACCUUUACCAGGGAUACCAGUACUGUGGCUGAAAUUCACCUGUUGUUAGGCCAGCUCAACUGGGACGAGUCCAUGGUGAGAGAGUCCUGGUGGAAGUUUGGCAAGUUGACCCCAACCCCUAAUGAAGCUGGGCAAGUGGAAUGCUCUAAAGCUCUUCUGACCAUGGUCAGCCUGAAAGACGACAGUAAGGCUUGCUACGAGUUUGCAAAGAAUCAUCUCCUCCGCUUGCUGAUGGCCUUUAAAGCCAGUUACAGGCCCAGCAAUAACCAAGAGCGGGAGAAAGUCAGGUUGUAUCGGAGGUACUAUGGGCUGAAGAGCGCUAAGAUUGGGUAUUUGGAGUACUAUCCCAAGCACUACCCAAACUGUCGUCUCUUUCUCAGGGAAGACAGGGAAAAAUCUAGAAUAGAUAUUAAGGUGGAAGACGCCAACAGCCAGUUCCAAGCGUAUCUCCUGAAGUUGGUUGAGCUGUGGGUGUUGGAGAUAAGGUCAAGUGUGGAGCUUAUACUCAGUGAGAACCAACAAUGUCCAAAGUUUCUCUCAGGUGAGGGUUGUCAAGAGUCAGCGACCUGUCACUACCUCCAUAAGCCUCAUUCCAAAGAAACUUUCCUCAAUCUGUUCCACUGUCAUCUGAGCCAGGCACAUAUCUGCGCAGAAAUACUUCGAACCUGUCAGGUUGUCACUGAUGAAAGUCUUCGACAUGAACUCCUGAAACUCCUACCGUUGCGAAAUGAACAUGCAUCCCUCGACGAUCUCAUCCAUUUCAUUUUGCCGAAUACGACACACUGGAAGCAUUUUUGUAGCGACGGCCAGCUGCUUACCUACGUCUUCAGCUCUUUGAGCCACCAAGACCUGCGCCACACGGUGGAUCGAUGGCAGAAUGAAAUGUGGAGUAGUCUCAAGUAUAAGGAGAAGAUCUCAACAACAUCUGUGUACGUGGAGGUUUGUAUCUGCUCGGCAAUUUUUCUGAACAAAAUGAAUAAGGUGGAUGCGUGGAUGAAAGAAGCAGAAAAAGCCGCCUCAUUUAAGGCCAAUCAGAAGACGGAUAUGGAAAGAUCCCUUAGCCAGGGUGCAGCUAUGAUUGGAGAUAAAUACAAGGGCCAAAGCUGCUUCAUCUGUUACGCUCGCAGAUUCUUCGAAGCGUUGAACUUAGUAUACCGACCUCAGCCUGAGCCAGUUGAAGCGCUGCUCAAAUUCGGCAAGUUUUUGGCAAUGCUAAGGAACAAAGGUGACACUAAGGUUUUCCCACAUUAUGGCCAGCUUCUGUUUAGCAUGGAGUUUUUUCUGAUGCUUGAUUUCUCGUUGGGUGCCAAGCACAUGGGGCAAUAUUUGAUAGUUCCUGCGAGCUACAUCUCUGUGGUACGCUUUAUGGAUCAAUGUUUUGCAAAGCAAAAAUGCCAGUCCCUUUUUAACGUUGUCAAAUCUUCAAAGCUUAAUAAGCGUCACCAGAUUCUCCUGGACAAAAUCAGCACCAUGGUGGAUAUACUAAUAGGUAAGGAAACGAAGGGGAAAGGACAGGGAUUCAGUUUGCUAAAGGAUAUGUUGCAACCGUCAAGUCCCCACAUUGAGUCUGGUAUCGCUGAACGCGGUAUGAUUUUCCUCUUGACCUUGCUGAGCAAUGUGUCUGGGAUGGUCCUCGAGGAUCAUCAAAGUGACCUCUUACAAGCAGUGCACAACCCUCUUCCUGUCCAGACCAAGCUACCCCAGCGUCUGUUGUCAGUCAUUUCCAGGACUCGCAAAUCCGUGGGGCAGAAGGACAUUGUCAAGACGCUCCGCGAUGCGCUGAGAGAAAAAAACGACGAAGAUCUGCUGGUGUGCCGAUGGGUGGUCGAUGCAAAGAAGAAAGAAAGUCUCAGUCUGGAAAUAGUGGAAGAAAGCACUGUUUGGGAUGAACUGCCGAGUGAGUUUGGGACAGGCCAGUGGCAGGAGAAUACAUACAACUUCAGUGACCUGAAAGUGAAGGAGCCUACUGAAGAUGAAGGACUGGGAAUGAGUCCUGAGGAAAUGGAGAAGCAGAUGGAAGAAGAGAGGAAAGAGAAAGCAGCACGAGUCUUGUUGAAGUUCUUUAAGUUUGUUCGAUUCAAAAUGCGUGCACAAAUGGUCAGUGUCUUCUUACAGGCUUAUCUUGGAAACCAUGUUAGCAAUCCCAGGUUUCCAGCGUACUUGCAGGAAAUUUUCCAGCGAUGCACAGUGGAUGAAACGUCCGACACGAACGAUGCAUAUUGGAUCGGAAGAUCACCUCGCCAAGGAUCAGGAUUACCGGGUUCUCUGUGA